AUGUUGGUCUGGACUUAUCGCAAUCUUGGAGAGGCUUAUUUGAUUUUUGGGUCCAAAUCAAUCGUGCCUCCAACAAAUGCCAAACCCUGCUUUGCUCCCUGCAAUACAGCAAUCGAGGAUGGAGAUGAAUUUGUUUCGAAGAGAUCUAGGAGAGAAGCCAUCUCACAUUGAUGCUGUAAUCGUAGAUCCGGGUGGAUGUCAAUGGCCAUUAACAGGGUUUUCCGGCCAACCAGAGACAGAUUCUCCCCUGCUUUGGCUGCGUUUAGGCGCCAUCAAUGCUACCUUGAGCAAAUUGAAAAAGGAGAAGGGCAUUCCCAUAUUCCGGUUGGGUUCUACGUGGGGGGACAUAAGCGGGUUUUGGUGUGGAAGGUCAAAUUUACAUGCUGUGAAGGAAGUUGAUGGUGUUCUACAAGGGCAGUAUGGCCUUCAAGCUGGUAAAGGGACUCUAGAUCCCUUAUUAACCUAUGGUAGCCAGGGAUUGUUGAGGAUUGGAACAGAUGGGCACAUGUUUUAGUGCACUUGCAGACGAAUAGGAUACCUGGCGACUGCUCAAAGGAGGACCAUACCCUUCCUCUUACUGAUUAUUUUUUAAGAAUAGCUUGGAUGGCAACCUAUAGUUUGGGGAUUGUUUGUUGCCAAAAUCCGUUGUUCUCCCCGAGAAGCUAGUUAAUUAGGUGAGGACGUCCAGUAGCUUCCAAUGCUCAUAGGGACCUUCCUUUCUACAUUAGUAGCCCUAUUUAACCCAUACAACGAUUGUAAUUGUAAUCUCUAGUUGCAGAUGACUCUCUUUACUUAAUUGUCUAUAUUCGUCAUGGGCAUAAGUUAAAUCUGUUACUAUGUUGUAGAUUAUGCUUUUGAUUCUACUUUUUAGGCUCUCAUGCGUUAGGCCAUAUGCCAUGUGAUGGAGUUUUUUACUGUAUUUUCUUUUUUUUUUUUUUUUUUUUUUGAUCAGCAAAAUGAAUAGAAUGAUAUUAA